CACUCUCACACCAUCCCUUAUUUCUAAACUCUCACCAUGUCCAAAACCCUCUUCUUCCUGCUGUCCCUGCUAAUUGCUGUAAUGCAUUGCAGGGCAACAAGAAGAAAUAAUGAAGAGGUGCAAACAGAAACCCUAAAUCUAAAGGCAAAGCACUUCAACCCGCAGGUCCCACCGCUCCGAACCCUCUCAUCCUCCAAGCGCUUCGAGGGCUCCUCCGAGUUCGUCAAACUCAAAUACCACAUGGGACCGGUCCUCUCCUCGCCGAUCAACAUCUACCUAAUAUGGUACGGAAAGUGGCCCCAAUCCCAGAAGCUCCUCAUCAAGGACUUCCUCCUCUCCAUCUCCUCCACCGCGGCACCCUCCCCCUCGGUGGCCGACUGGUGGCGCACAGUCUCCCUCUACACGGACCAGACCGGGGCCAACAUCUCCCGCUCCGUCUCCAUCGCGGGCGAGUACGCCGACCUCCGCUACUCGCACGGGACCCACCUCACGCGCCUCUCCGUGCAGGAGGUGAUCGCCAGCGCGGUCCAGGCCAAGCCCUUCCCGGUGGACCACCGCAACGGGAUCUACCUGAUCCUGACCUCCGAAGACGUGACCAUGGAGGAGUUCUGCCGCGCCGUCUGCGGCUUCCACUACUUCACCUUCCCCUCCAAGGUGGGCUACACGCUCCCCUACGCCUGGGUGGGGAACUCCGGCAAGCAGUGCCCGGAGGUCUGCGCCUACCCCUUCGCCGUCCCCGGCUACAUGGGCGGAGGGGGCCCGGGGCACCUGGCCCCGCCGAACGCGGACGUGGGCGUGGACGGCAUGGUGAGCGUGAUCGGGCACGAGCUGGCGGAGCUGUCGUCGAACCCCCUGGUGAACGCGUGGUACGCCGGGGAGGACCCCACCGCGCCCACCGAGAUCGGAGACCUCUGCGAGGGCCUGUACGGAACGGGCGGCGGCGGUGGGUACAUCGGGUCCGUGAUGAAGGACGGGCGUGGCAGGACCUUCAAUCUUAACGGUCGGAAUGGCAGGAAGUUUCUUGUCCAGUGGAUUUGGAGCCCCGUUUUGAAGGCCUGUGCUGGCCCCAAUGCUCUCGAUUAAACCUUCCUUCCUUUACACAACAUUACAUUUCCUUCUUCUUCUUCUUCUUCUUCUUCUUACUUAUCUAUGUAUCAUAUUCAUAUCUCUUCCUCUACUUUAUCAACAUUCCUUUAUAUUAUUUACUAUCUACAUUUCAGUUCA